AUGUCUUGCGUCUCUUAUCUUGUGUUCUUCUUUAUCUCUCAUCUUUUACUUGUUUCGUUGGCUCGAGAAGAAAAGGGCUUCCGGCCAAAAUGUCAUUUUUUGCAUUGUGGAGACCUUGGCCUUCUGCCAUUCCCCUUCUACAAUGGAACAUAUCCUGAAUGUGGAUUCUUGAGAGUAGAUCACUGCAGAGAGAAAGUUAAACGUAUUCGAUUGGGAAAAGAUGGGCCAAUAUUUUAUGUUUCAACUAUCACGGAAGAUGAUACGGAUACGGAUACGGAUACGGAUACUCAUACUCUUACGCUUCAAGAUCGACCUGGAUUGGAAAAGCCUCCUUUCUACAACGCUAGCUGUGUUGAAUCCUUGAGAAAUUUUACCAUUCCUAGGCCUCCUUUUAUGUCUUUUGAAGUAUUACAACCAAACAAUCAAACCAUGUUGAAAUGUCCGGGUAGUACGAAUCACAGCCUCCGCGUAAAUUAUACUCUUACCUGCAAUGACUCCAAACACUCCAUUAUCUUUUACAACGGCUCAAAUCAUCAUCAUCAUGGAUCAUCAGCAGUUCCUUCUGAUUGUUCACUUAUCCCAUUCAAAGUGAACAAGACUCAAACUGGUCUUGACUUCUCGAAUUUCUAUACCGGUUGGUUCCAACUUCAAGUGAAUGUAACCAGAGAAUGCAGUGAUUGUCAUUUUCGUAGAAGAGGUGAAUGCCAAACUGACCACCACGGAAAAUUUCAUUGUCGAAUUGCUAGAACAGCCUCAGUUCCCUCGUCACCUGGGUUUGCAGGAAAUCAGAAAGCUAACUUAGAAUGUCACAACAAGCUAUGCAAAAAUAUUGAAUCUAGGCGUAGGAAUUGGUAA